CUGCCCCCAAGUUUCUCUUUUCCCAGGUGUGAACAAUACCCGGAAUUCUCGACGAGAGCUCUUCUCCCACCAGGUGCGUUCGACGUAGCCAUUUCGGGUUGCGCCCCCUGAAGCUCUGCCAGUCGUCUAAUUGUGGAUACUCCAAUGAGGAUUGGUAUGAUCUCACAUAACGGAAGCUGUCGGGGGUUCUUGCCCCUCUUGUUGGUGCUGUUUUGGUCUAUAACGAGCUCUCUGGCUCUGGGCCGACGAUACAUUCGACCUGUUCCAGACCCCAUCACGCCCGAACUCAUGCCCGCCGAGACGGCAAGCCAUGCGGGCGACAACACCCGACAGCAGCAGAUCCUGCAGCUCCAGCGUGUUUACUGUCGAGGUGAGCUGCUGCAUGAGGUGCAAAUGCAAGAGCUCUUCCCGGACAGUAAACACUUUGUAGAUAUGCCCAUCAAGGCUACGUCGUCGGUAGACGAAGUGCUGGUUCAAUUCCAAGAGCUCAAGGUGACAUUCGCUAACAAGACAACGGGAACAGAGUGGAAAACGCAACUUGCUGCGUUCAUAGACCAACACUUUGAUCCACCAGGAGCAGAACUGGUGCCUGUCACCCCACCAGACUACAAGGAGGGAGAAAUACCACAGAAAAUCAAAGAGAUCAGGGACGAACCUCUGCGUGGAUGGGCGAUGGAGCUGCAUAAAUUAUGGAAGGUGCUUGCUCGUGUCCCUGCGUCGGAAUCGGCGGAUCAAGCGUCUAGGAGCUCAUUUCUCCAUUCUCUUCCUAUUGAUACUCCAAGUGAUGUAUUAGCGCGCCAAUUCAACGGAGAGAACGUGCUCGUUGUGCCUGGCGGUCGCUUCCGUGAGAGCUACUAUUGGGAUUCGUACUGGAUCGUACAGGGACUCCUAGUCAGUGGCCUACAUCAAACUGCCCGCGGAGUGGUGAAUCACUUGCUAGAAUAUGUGGCGGAGUUUGGCUUUGUCCCCAACGGCGGGCGUAUCUACUAUCUCACACGUUCACAGCCGCCAAUGCUCUCAGAUAUGGUGCGCUUAGUUGCUAAGCUAGAAGAUGCGAAUGACACGAGCGCGUGGGACCUUCAGUACUUACGAGCUGCGGUGCCCAUACUGGAGCGAGAAUACGACUUCUGGAUGCAUCGUGGCGUUCACGGUCACGCCGUUGAGGUCCCCGGAUUUUCUUCGCAGUCAGCAGGCGAGGCCUUUGUGCUCAACCGAUACGUUGCACAUGCUGAUGAACCUCGACCUGAAUCUUAUCGUGAGGAUGUUAACACGGCGUCUCUUGUAUUCGCCAACCAAAGUGACACUGAGGACAAGAAUUCGCUGUACAACGAGAUAAUCGCAGGGGCAGAAAGUGGUUGGGACUUCAGCAGUCGAUGGUUCGGUGACUACUCAACCAUGGCUACGAUCCGAACCUCGCGAGUGAUUCCAGUCGAUCUGAAUGCUAUACUACACCGCGUGGAGCUUAACCUCGCAAAAUUCCACGAGCUAUUGGGAAAUUAUGUUGCAUCGACACGAUUUCGGAACGCCGCGAAGACUCGCGUGAGAGCGAUGGCCGCUGUACUGUGGAGUGAGUCGGAUGGAUGCUGGAAGGACUAUUUACUGGACUCUCGUCUGCAUUCUCCUGUGAUAUCCUUGUCAAACUACUCUCCGCUGUGGGGCGGAGCUUUCGACGGUUCUGAUUCUUCUCGACUGGAGAGAAUCGUGGCGUCUCUGGAAAGAUCUGGACUAGUGGAAGAGGGAGGCCUCCAAACCACGACGUCCGUCACGGGGCAGCAAUGGGACGCACCAAACGCUUGGCCACCCUUGCAAGAUAUCAUCAUUGAAGGUUUGCAGACGGCAGGAACGGCAACAUCGCGCGCUCUUGCGAAGCGUCUCGUGCUAACGUGGGUCAAGGCUGGCCUUGUGGCCUGGCAGAAAACGGGUCUCAUGUUUGAGAAGUACAACGCUCAGCAGCUGGGAGGUGUAGGCGAUGGGGGCGAGUACACGCCGCAGUUUGGUUUUGGCUGGUCGAACGGCGUGAUUCUCACUUUCCUGACCAAGUAUCAAGAGCAGCUCCGUUGAUAUCUAGAGCAGUUCUAUCAACUUUUUCGUAUCAAUCUUUUCAUUUGCUGGAUCAUUGUGUGCUUGAAUGCCUUCUCCCAGAUAAAGAAAAGAAUACGUUUGCAUACAGCAACAUAUCGGAACGAAUAGCACAAAAUCAAUGAGCAAUUUUUAUAUCUUCUCCA